GAUAAUAUGGUGGAAGAUCCUAAAAAGCGGAAGCUGGACUCAAGUGCGGUUGAGUUCUUUCUAUCAGAGAACCGCAAAAACCAUUUUACAACUGAGUUUGAAGAUAUCAGCUUGCUCAUAGCUAGACGUGCCUUCCCUAUCAAAUUCAAGACUGUUUCAAAUCUCGAGGCCAUCAAGUGCACUUAUAAUACAGGCGCGACAAAGCCGAAGUACUCGGGUAACAACAUAAUCAAGAAAGUAGCAACUGAAGUUAAUUUGACGCCUAACAAACCAAACUUAGGAGGAUGGAAACUAGAAUCUAAUGACGAUGGAUCUUAUCGAGUCGUUUCUCCCUCUAACUGCGCUGUAGGAAGAUGGAACUUCCAAGUUGCAACGCAGGGACAAAAAUUAGAUCAUGAAGUGAUUAUUUUGUUCAACCCGUUUUGUGAACAAGAUCAAGUCUACCUUGAAAAUGACAAAGAAAGAGAGGAAUAUAUUUUAAGUGAUUCGGGACUAGUUUUUGGAGCAUCGUCAUGGAGACUCAAGGCCGAAGGAUGGGGCUGGGUUUUCGGACAGUUCGAAUCGAAAGUCAUUGACUGCUGCAUUCACCUGUUAGAGAAAAGCUCGCUAACUGCAACGUCGAAAAGUAGCCCUGUGUUUGUGAGUAGAGCCAUGACAGCUAUGGUCAACUCACUAGAUGAUGAUGGUGUUCUAGUCGGAAAUUGGAGUGGUGAUUAUUCAUAUGGAGUGGACCCCUCAGAAUGGGCCAACUCUGCAGACAUUCUAGUGCAGUACCUGGAGACUAAAAAACCUGUCAAGUAUGGUCAAUGUUGGGUAUUUUCAGGUGUUCUAGUCGCUGUUUUGAGAACCCUAGGAAUCCCGUGUAGAUCAGUUACGAACUACAGAUCAGCUCACGACACCGAGAAUAAUAUGGUAAUUGAUAUUUUUCAUGAUAAAAAAGGAAACAAGAUAGAAUCAGAUGAUUCAGUUUGGAACUUUCAUUUAUGGAAUGAAAUUUGGACCAAGCGCUCUGAUCUUCCGAAAGGAUUUGAUGGAUGGCAAGCGCUCGAUGCUACGCCUCAAGAAAUGAGCGAUGGAGCGUUUCAAGCGGGCCCUGCGCCUCUGAAAGCUAUCAAAGAAGGGCGCGUCUAUUUGCCGUACGAUGCACGGUUUAUCUUUGCGGAAGUCAACGCUGACCGAGUUUACUGGCGGGAAAAUGAUGAUGGAGAUUUUGUAAUCAAGAAAAUAGACAAGAAACACGUAGGAAGAAUGGUGGUAACGAAAGCUGUAGGAUCCAAUGAGCCGCAUUAUAUAACUGACGAGUAUAAACACAAAGAGGGAUCUUGGGAGGAAAGAUAUCAGACUCGACUUGCGGUUACUUAUGGAUCGGAGCCUGAUAUAUACGAGAACAUAGAAGAUGAAGAUGAAAUUCAUAUGAAGUUCCAUUGUAACCACGACUAUUACGUAAUAGGUGACCCUGUAGAAUUCUCUAUCGACCUGGAGCUUUUGAAACUAGAGAGCGCAAGUGUAACAUUAAAUGUGUCUGCGAGCUUGUACGGGUACAAUGGAAAAUUCAUUUCGAAUGUUUUUUCAGAAAACAAGGAUCUGAAACUCCCGGAAGAGAAGCUGUAUAAAUGUAAUAUUGAAAGUAGUAAAUAUGCAAAAGGGGCAAUAAGUGGAAGUGUAUUGAAGAUAUCGGCAAUGUAUGACUUGCAUGAGACUAAAGACAUGGGAUUUCUAGAAGAAGAAGUUCCGAUACGGGCUCCGCCUCCGACUGUUACUGUUUUGAACAAGCCUCCAUUUAUCGUUAACGAAAGUAUCCAGCUGAAGUUUUCGUUCAAAAACCAGUUCGCAGGUCCCCUGACCGGGGGUUGUUUCAGACUGAACGCACCUGGUUUCAGCUCCAGGAAAAGUCUGGAAGUUGAAGAGAAGAGUCUGAACCCAGGCGAAGAGUGUAGCUAUGUGGUUGAUUACAAGCCAAGGAGAACUGGCGAAGUUAAUCUGGUCGUCUCCUUCAGUUCAGAUCAGCACAGAGGUCUACACGCCUAUAAGCACAUACAGGUGCAAUAUGGAGGGGAACCCAUGUGAUGAGGCACGGUAUCUCAUUUAGAUCUAGCUAUACAGUCAUAGCAAACUGUAGGUCAGUUAUAAUUAUACAUGGGUAUGUUAUGUCUCAACAUUGCCGUCGUUUGUCGAAUCACUGCCGGGGCUCCAUCAGUGUUUCAGCCGGAAACUUUGAACGACAGAACUCUUAAAACUUGUCUUACAACUAGUUUACUAAAUCUACUUAACUUUCUUAGCUUUGUGAUAGUAAUGAUCACCCUUAGCGUUUCAGUUCAGCUUAAGUUUUGCCAAUCGAAAAAGUGCAAUUUAAUGACUUGAUCUCUGCAGUGGCAGCGAUUUUGCGUUUGUGCUUACGUAUUUUCGCCCUUAAAUAUGUGCGUUGAUAUACUUGAUUACUUGAGUGUCGUUUGUUUGUUAUUUUGACAUUUCUGAGUUUUAAUGUUUUGCCAUUGUGUUACUAAUUGAAAGUUCGAAAAAAAUUCAACGUGAAGGAAUAGAGUGAAAGUAAGUAAACCGUGGCGUUCGACUUCAAUAAUGCUGAACGAUGUAGAAUCUGACAUAGAUGACUAGUUACUCUUAAAAGAAAUUAAGUUCCAGGUGAAUUUUUAUCUGAUUUUUACUUAUGGUUUUCCCGUACUGUUUAUUUUCCUGGCCAACAUACUUUUGCGUCUCAAAGUUGAAAUCGAUUUUCAUCUCCCAACUGUCAAACUUGAAUUGAGCGUGAACAAAUUUCAGACUUUCCAAUUCGA